AUACUCUGUAAUUCUCUGUUUCUCUCUCUCUGGACUCCAUAUUAUCCUUCUUAAUCUCCAUCUUCUCCCAAACAGUAACUAAAACUUCAAACUGAGAGAGUGAGAGCCAAAUAUAUAAAUAAACGCCCCCUUCCUACUCUCAGUUAACUAAACUAACCGUUUUUCUUUCUUUCCAUUUUUGGGAACCGAAAGAUGAUAAGCUGGAAAGACCUGUACACGGUCCUAACCGCAGUGGUGCCUCUGUACGUGGCGAUGAUACUCGCAUACGGUUCGGUCCGGUGGUGGAAGAUCUUCACACCGGACCAAUGCUCAGGCAUAAACCGGUUCGUUGCAAUAUUUGCAGUUCCACUCCUUUCCUUCCACUUCAUCUCCACCAACAACCCCUACGCCAUGAACUUCCGCUUCAUCGCCGCAGACACGCUACAGAAAGUCAUCAUGCUCUUCGCACUCGCUCUCUGGACCAACUUCACCAAAAACGGUUCCCUCGAAUGGACCAUCACCGUCUUCUCCCUCUCCACAUUACCCAACACCUUAGUCAUGGGAAUUCCUCUCUUAAUCGCCAUGUACGGCGAAUAUUCCGGAACCCUCAUGGUUCAAAUCGUCGUUCUUCAAUGCAUCAUUUGGUACACGCUUCUUCUCUUCCUCUUCGAGUACCGCGCCGCCAAGCUUUUGAUCUUGGAACAGUUCCCCGAAACGGCGGCUUCCAUUGUGUCGUUUAAAGUGGACUCCGACGUCGUUUCGUUAGACGGAAGAGACUUUCUUGAGACCGACGCUGAAGUUGGCGAUGACGGAAAACUUCACGUCACCGUUAGGAAGUCCAACGCGUCGCGACGGUCGUUUAUGAUGACCCCUCGGCCGUCUAAUCUCACCGGCGCGGAGAUUUACAGCCUCAGCUCCUCGCAUAACCCAACGCCACGUGGCUCCAAUUUUAACCAUGCUGAUUUCUUCUCCAUGAUGGGGUACCAGCCCAGACACUCCAAUUUCACCGCUAAUGACUUAUAUUCCUCGCGUGGACCCACUCCCAGACCUUCCAAUUUCGAAGAACCCUCAAUGCCCCAGUCACAGCCGGUGACCUUAGCUUCUCCCAGGUUCGGGUUUUACCCGGCCCAAACUGUGCCUGCUUCGUACCCGCCUCCCAACCCGGAGUUCUCCAAAACCGUGAAAAAUCAAAAUCAAAAUCAAACCCAAACCCAAAACUUGCAGGUACAACAGCAGCAGGUUCAGGUUCAGGUUCCGUUGGGUAAUAGCAAGGGUGCUCACGAUGCUAAAGAGCUUCACAUGUUCGUGUGGAGCUCAAGCGCUUCGCCGGUUUCGGAAAGUGCGGGUCUCAACGUGUUCGGUAGCACCGACCUCGGAAACUCCGAACAAUCCGACCGGGGUGCAAAGGAGAUUAGGAUGAUAGUGCCUGAUGAACACACUCAAAAUGGAGAGACCAAUAACAAAGGUGAUUUAGAGAAAGGGGUUGGUGGGGAAGGGUUCAAGUUCCCGGGAAAGGGGGGAGAACAAGCUGAGGAUGAGAAUGAGAAUGAGAAAGAGAAAGAGAAAGAGGGGCCCAAUGGGCUUAACAAAUUGGGCUCCAGCUCCACGGCGGAGCUCCACCCGAAAGCUGCCGGAGCGGUUGAGUCUGCCGGCGCCGUAAAACACAUGCCACCGGCGAGUGUCAUGACCCGUCUCAUACUCAUCAUGGUUUGGAGGAAGCUUAUUCGUAAUCCCAACACAUACUCCAGCCUCAUUGGUGUCAUAUGGUCCCUCGUUGCCUUUAGGUGGCACGUGCAUAUGCCCAAAAUAAUAGAGAAAUCAAUUUCCAUACUGUCUGAUGCUGGUCUUGGAAUGGCUAUGUUCAGCUUAGGUCUGUUUAUGGCACUUCAGCCCAAGAUAAUUGCAUGUGGAAACUCUGUUGCUGCAUUUGCCAUGGCUAUUAGAUUCCUCACUGGCCCAGCUGUUAUGGCCGCAGCUUCCAUUGCAGUUGGCCUCCGUGGCACCCUCCUACAUGUGGCCAUUGUUCAGGCUGCACUUCCUCAAGGGAUCGUUCCAUUUGUGUUUGCUAAGGAGUACAAUGUUCAUCCAGCCAUUCUUAGUACAGCGGUUAUAUUUGGCAUGUUGAUAGCCCUUCCCAUUACUCUAGUCUAUUACAUACUCCUUGGUUUGUAAAGGAAAAUUUAAGCGAAUCAUUUCAACCUUUGAUGCUUUGGAAGCUAGUAACAUGCAUGGAGACCACAGUGACUUACUCUAUCACUCGAGGAUUUUCGCAAAAAUUAUCCCUGACUAGUAAUUUCACAGCAGAGGAUGUCAUUCCAAGUUUCAAAAUUUUGGGAACUUUAUAAAUUGUGAGAUAUUGGCCAAAUCCUCAUUUGUAAUUUUAAUGCCUCCUAUGUUUGGUUCAUUUUAUUUUGGAAAAUAAUCGCUUAUUUCUUUUAUUUUUUUUAGAUUUUUUUUAAAAAAUAAGCGAUUAUUUUUUUAAAAAUAAAGUGAAUCAACAUGCUGUAAAAGUGUGAUAAUGCAAUUUUCAAGAAUCUCGAAGAGGGAGGAUAACAGUGUAUGGGAGACAUUACAGAGGAAAGCUAGCGUAAGCCAAGUCCUUGAUAUCUAUAAAUGAUUCCCUCUAUCAGCAUUUGUAAAUUUUAUGAGAAAAUCCGGUUUCAAGUUAAAAAGACAGUGCAGUAGUUGGGCGGAGGAAAUUAAAUUAAUGAAAAAUACGACGAAGCCUUUUUUUU